AUGGCUGGGGAAUUCCUGGAUCCAGUGCCGGGUUUGGUGCAACGGGCCUGUGAUGCCCUUGCACAAGCCUUCGCGGCGACAUGUCCAGAACACCUCUCGGUCAAGCAGAGUGACUGGUGCGUGGGUGCGCGUGCCUGCCACCAGCAAUGCAUGCUCAAAGCAUGGUACCAUGAGACCGGGGACCCCAUGUUUCAAGAACGCAGUAGGGCGUGCGCAGGCCGGUGCAUGGCUUGGGACCGCUGCAGGUGGCCGAAUCCUGACGCUGAAUAUUGGCGGGGUCACUGGUUUACCCGCUCGGAAGAGGUUGACAUGCGAAGAUUGGGCUAUCAUGCGCAGCACUGCCCCCUCUGGGCCCAUCGAAAUGUAGCAGAGCAAAUGCACAUGCGAUGCCAAGCCAACGUUUUUGAGGAGAGUCAGGUGGUGUGGAUGUCGGCUGCACUGGAAACACUUUCGGCCGGCGUGGCGAUGCUUUCAAACUCCAAGCCCACUUCCAGCGACCUUUGGCAAUUUUCCCUCCGCAUCGAGACCAUGAUCCAUGUACUUACUCCUGGAAAGCUGGGCACGGCCUGUCGCGCGCGGCACCUAGUGGACCCUUGGUGGACCUCCUCCCCACGAAGUUAUGCAUGCCCCAGGCGUGAUGCAGUCCCCGUUGUUGCCAACACGCUCGCCUGCGCCCGCGCGGACCUGCAAACCGCCUUCGAGCACCUUUGCACGGCAAAUGUUCUCGGGAGCCUCUUCGUCUUCAAGUCCUUCCGGACAGCAUCCUCCUCACUGGCCGCAGCCCCGGUGGGACUGGUGCUUACCCAGCGUGACGUUGAGCCUGCAGAGCAAGAUCCUGAGGAUGAGGUCAGCUUUCCAGCUGUGAUACAGUCGGUAACUCACGAAGACCCGCCGGCAAUCAUUCCCGAGGAUGAGGCAAGAACCUUGGUGACAAUACAAGAGGCAGAUUUCGUGCAGCGCAUGAUCGGGGCGGCGCCGGCGGCCGUGGAACAGACCGGAGAUUCGAUCAUCUGGGGAAGAGUGAAUCGAAACACCGCAGAGAUGUGGAAUGAGUUUCUGACCGGGCCUUCCCUGCGACGCUGCCGCCAUGAGCUGGCUGCGUCGGGUUAUGCCAUCCGGACGCCCGAAGGCUCCUUGAUGCUGGUGCACCCUUGGCAGUAUGCAGACGUAAUGCGGGCUGUGGUGGCCGAGCAGUUGACAGCCUCCGACAUUAUAUUCUCCGCAAGCAUGGAGUACUUGGUCGAAGAGGCGUUUGAUCGUGUUCAGGGACAGGGCGCGUGGAUGAGAAGCCAGCAGCCACUCAACAUGAUUGAAGGUGGAAGUUCCUCUGCGCAGCCAGGAUCGGUAGCCAGUGCUCUGCAAAGCCACUCGGGCCCUAGCAGCUCUUCGACAGAACUCGCCGGCCUACUUGAAGUGAGGCGCACCAUGUUCGUUUGGGCCCCUUUCUCACCCGAUGGGCCAGCCACCGCAUCAACAACAGAUGCCCAUUCCGGAGAGGGCCCCAAUCCACGCCGUUCCAUCCAUCGUGUCUCCGCAGGUCAAUAG